CAUUCGAAAGUCAACGAGCGGAGAGUCGGACAUGAUGUGUUAACACGGAUUGUGUUAACUUCAGUCACCAACAUCUUUUGGUACACACCAAACAGCUUGGUGGUUCACACGUGUCGAUCCGAAGCCAUGGUGAAAGAACGGCCCCAGAAGAAGUCCUUUCAGCAGAGUCUGGAGGACAUCAAGGAGAGGAUGAAGGAGAAGAGGAACACACGGCUGGCUCGUGCUUCAGCCCCCAGAAGAGCACGGGCCCAGCUGAUCAACAACAGCAGUGUGGUUAAUUCCAUUCACACUAUUCUGAAGGGUGUCCAGCUGAACAACAAGGAGCUGGCGGUUGUCUUGCAAGCUGAAAAGGAAAAAGGGAGACAGGCUAAUGCAGUGAUCCUGCAGCUGAAAAGGGAGCAGCAGGCACUGUUCCUUCACCUGCUUCUGCUCAGGAAGAAGCUCAAAGAGCAGGAGGCUCUUGCAGCGAGUGCUUCACAGACUAAAGCUCCAAAUGUCCUUGUGGAACCCAAACGCCAUGAGGAUUCAGCAAGGAGAAAGCCGUCCAGCCAGAAUCUUGAUAAGCCCAUUGUGUGCAAAUCCUCACCCAUCUGUGCAGACCGUAUGCCUUCCGAAAAGAAUGUACAUUCUGACCAGCAGGUUGUGCUGCCAUCUACGGUGAGUGUGAGACGUCGCCAUGCGGAUAGAAGCAGCAGGAGGAGGUCUGAACGUGUGCAAGUAAAGAAAUUGAUGAGUGAGGGCGACCCCAUCACAGGCUUGAGUACUUUGAUAGCAAGUCCUAUUUGCAGUGACUUUGAAAAUAAAAAUCAGCCACAGCGAGGAACAGAAACAGACUUCGCGGACCCCGUUGGCACUGAGGAUUUUCUGCAUUCUACUCCUGAACCUGUCCCACCCAAAAACAGCAACAACCAGCAGCGGCCCAGCAGGAAAAAAGCCCAGCAGCAGCAGCCCCGAACCAAACCAGAAUCGGCUACACAGAAAGUAGAGAGAGGCCGCAAACCAGACCGUGUCCCUUUGAAGAAACCUUGGGAGAAUCCCAAACCCAAAGCUCGCUCCAAGAGUCGGGACCGGUCAGCCACACGGGCCCAAACAGCAAUGGCGUCACAAGGGAACAAGCUGAACAGCUCACUGGGUUUUAAUGACACAUUUGACUUUGACUGUGAAGGGGCGGUUCACGUCACACCGUUUAGAGCCAAGGCAGAGGACAAUCAGUCGUCCACACUCAUUAGCGAAGAGACUCUGCAAACUGAGGCUACACCUGUGGUUUCUAAACGGAUUGAAUCCAGCUCGUCAUCAACAGCCUCUGAAUCGGAGGACAGUCUUUAUAUACCUCAGAAGAGCCGACGGCCACAGACUUCCCCCAACCAGACCAAAGGGAUCACCACUCGUAGAGGCCGGCACUCUAAAGUCGUCCGAGAGAAAGAAAUCAUUCCACCAAAACAAGAGAUCUCUGGGGAGCUUUUGGUCUUUAGAGAUGAAGAGUCAAGUCCUAAGGAUGUAGAGCCUGAAAAGAUAGAAGCUCAUCACUCCCCUGGCUGUAGCUUCUCGAACAGUCCGGAGACAGCGUUGUUGAGACAGGACAAUCACCACGAGCCUCCGAGACGGGCUAAUGAGAAGGAUUGUUUGCUGCCUGUCAGCCCUCUGGUUGAAGUGGAGAUGAUGAGAAUAGACAAUGUCCUGUCUAAUUUUGGCGGUUCGUCUGGUGACGCUCACCAAACACCCCAGAGGAUCAAGAAGUGCAAGAAACGUGGGCUCGGUGUAAGGACAGCAGGGCGGGGCUCGAGUCUGUGUGAUGUGACCAAUCUGUCCCCUGCAGCCUAUCGCAAAUUCUCCCAUGAUGGCUCACGGUCCUCUGAUGCCCGAUGCUGCGCUCCGGUUCCUCCUCGCAAGCGCCGCUGCACCAUGGUGGUGGACUACAAGGAACCCACGCUAAAUGCGAAGCUUCGGCGUGGAGACAAGUUCACAGACUUGCAGUUCCUCCGUUCUCCUAUUUUCAAGAAACAUUCUGGCAGGAGGUCUGUGCAGAAAUCAAGGAAUUCAAUUAGCAGCCAGCUGCCAUUUGAUAAAUACAAUGAGUCAUUUGUGGGAUGUCGCUGAAGGCGACUGGCUUGUGAGUUUUAAUCUGAUUUUUUAGGUUUGACAAGUGAUCAUUUUGUUUUUUCACUCAAGGUUGUAUUUUAUUUUAAUUUGAAACAAAACUGUGAUCAGUAGAUCUUACUUGUUGGCUGUAAAGCUUUUCUCCUCUUCACUAGCUAAAUGUAUUAAUGGCUAUUUUAUUAAGAUGGCCAAUUCUAUUGGUCAGCAUCUUACUUCAGUUCUAUUUCUUAUUUUCUACUGUAUUAUGUGACAAUAAAUGCUGUUUCUUGAA